GGACUUGAUAUAUGCCAACCUUAUAUACCCCAUUUAUCAUCAUAUCAAACAAACUACAUCACAGUUUUUUUUUUAGUACAGUGCUCAGUUGCAAGAGCACUGUGUUUUCAACAGUACUAAAUAAAGUGUCGGCAGACCAAUUUUUUUUUCCUCGAUUUCCACGCGCCACCGUGGAGAGGUUGUUUAGAGUAUGGAGGGUCUCUGCUACAUUUUCGUUUUUUGCAUGCUAGUGGGCUCCGCCGCCGCUGUGCAAGACCUACAUUGGCGUCCGGCCACAGCCACGUGGUACGGAAGCCCGGAAGGCGACGGCAGUGAUGGCGGCGCGUGCGGGUACGGGUCCCUGGUGGAUGUGAAACCGUUCAGGGCCCGAGUCGGGGCGGUGAGCCCGGUGCUGUUCAAGGGCGGCGAGGGGUGCGGCGCGUGCUACAAGGUGAGGUGUUUGGACCGUUCGAUAUGUUCGAGGAGGGCGGUGACUGUAAUUAUAACCGACGAGUGCCCCGGUGGGUACUGCUCCAACGGCCGCACGCAUUUCGAUCUCAGCGGCGCCGCUUUCGGAAGAAUGGCGGUUGCCGGCGGCGGAGGGCAGUUGCGUAACCGUGGGGAGCUUUCAGUCAUUUACAGGAGGACGGCGUGCAAAUAUCCAGGGAAAAACAUAGCGUUCCAUGUGAAUGAAGGAUCAACUGAUUAUUGGUUGUCUCUAUUAGUUGAAUUUGAGGAUGGAGAUGGUGAUCUUGGUUCCAUGCACAUCAGAGAGGUGAAUUCAAAUGAAUGGCUAGAAAUGACACACAUAUGGGGUGCGACAUGGUGCAUAAUAGCUGGACCUCUACGAGGGCCGUUCUCCGUAAGGCUAACAACUCUAUCCACCGGAAAAACCCUUUCUGCAAGAGACGUCAUCCCCAAAAAUUGGACUCCUAAAGCCACUUACACUUCUCGCCUCAACUUCUAAUUUCUACCGACAAAUAGUUAAGUGUGCACGCGAGCGCGACCGCGCGCGCCUGUUUUUCUCUCUCUCGAAAAAGAAAAAGUUGCCAAGAAAAGUCAAAAGUUGGAGCAAAAUGGUUUAACUUUAUCUUUAGCAGCAUUACUUUGGUAAAAUAUUGUGCAGUGUGUAGCCCUCUCCAAAGGAGAGAGUGCGUUUUUUUAUUAAGUGGUGUGUAAUAUUAUUAGUUUAUGUGUUGUCGGAGUUAGGUAUAGUUGGUUUUAUGGGUGCUUGUGUUUUCACAGAGACAGGGGCCAACUUGUAUGCAUGGUUUUAUGUUGUUUGCUUGCUUUAAUAAUUGUGAUAAUAAUAGUAAUUAUAAAUGUUUUUGAAAAA